AGUCUUAUUUGCUGUCUUGUCUCUCAUUCUCAAAUUUCUCUUUUUGUGUCUCUCUUUAAUACAUUCAAACUCUUCAACAUUUACGUCCUCUACUUCUCUUCUUCACUUUGAGAAGCCGAAGAACAAACCCAAUAAAGCUCCAACAUACACCAAAACAACAUAAAUGGCGUUGAUGAAUUCAAGAGCUACAACAACACAAGACAACUUCAUCAUAGCUCCCAGCAGACUGAAUCACCACAAGUUAGACUCAAAACCCAAAGUCUCCGUCGUUUAUUAUCUCAGCCGUAAUGGCCAACUCGAUCACCCACACUUCAUCGAAGUACCUCUCUCUUCUCAAAACGGUCUCUAUCUCAAAGAUGUGAUCAAUCGAUUGAACGAUCUAAGAGGCAAAGGAAUGCCUUGUCUCUACUCUUGGUCCUCAAAACGAACAUACAAAAACGGGUUCGUAUGGCACGAUUUAUCAGAAGAAGAUUUUAUUUUUCCCGUUCAUGGCCAAGAAUAUGUACUCAAAGGCUCUCAAAUCCUCGACCUUGAUAACAACAACUCCGGCAAAGAAUCUAACUUCUCCGCCGUCGUCACUCACCGACGUAACCAGUCUUGGAGCUCUACUGAUCAGUACAAAGUCUACAAAGCCUCUGCUGAGUCGUCGAGUCGUAAGCUCGCGACGGAUGCUUCCACUCAGACGGACGAACACCGGCGGCGGAGGAACCAUAUAGCGAAAGAGGUUAAUGAAGUGAAUGAGAUCACUGAGCUGAGUAGAGAAGAGAUUACUUCACCUCCACAGUCAGAUUCGAGUCCAGAAACCUUAGAAUCAUUGAUGAAAGCAGAUGGACGGUUGAUAUUGCGUCAAGAAGAUCGGACGGUUGAGAAGAUGCGGCCGUCGGCUAUUCUGAUGCAGCUGAUAUCGUGCGGUGCGUUGUCGUUUAGAAAAUGUGGGCCGACGAUGCUAAUGAAUGGGAGCACGAGGAGGAGUACGGUGGAACGAGGGACAGGGAGUUAUAGGCUCGAGAGGGCAGAGAAGGAGUUAAGGAGUUUUGGAAGUGUGAAACUGGAAGAGAAAGAGUAUUUUAGUGGUAGCUUGAUUAAUGAGAGUAAGAAGGAACUUGUUCCUGCUUUGAUGAGGUCUUCUUCUUGCAAUACUGAUAGGAGUUCAAGGAUGGGGCUGACCAAACAGAAAGAUGCCCGAGCCACUUCUUCCCCAUCUAUUAAUGGCGAGCCAAAGCAGGUGUUUGAUACAGGUACAACCAUUACUUAGAAUGUAGCCAAAUGGCAUAGCCGCAUAGAUGUGGUUUUCCUUUUAUAUUUUUUUUUGGUUGAGUAAACAUAUACAAAGUAUGGUUCAAUGAGUAUGAUUCAAUGAUUGUUACAUGUAAAUAUGUUGUAAUUUGACGUUUGGUGUUGUUUAUCAACGUUGCCCUAUUGCCCGUUGGUAGCAAUAUGA